UCUGCGAUUUGAGAAUUGAAAAAACGUAAACAUUAACUUAACUCCAGCUCUAGUCCUAAAUAGCGAUUGAAUAUGUGGGAGCCGCCACGAUUGAGUGCAUCUCUGCGCGCCAAGACGGAGCUGGAGGCCCGUAGCCGUCGCUUGAACGUCCUGCGGCAGGCGAGAACCACCGCUGCUGCGUCCACGACGACGAACAGCCAAAACCAGGAGGAGCAGACCAUCGCGCGGCUACUGGCCCAGAUGCCAACCGAAAAGCAGCCGGCCGCUAAGGUGCAGCUGCAGAAGCUGCGCAAUCUGGUGCAGGAGUGCAUGGGCUACGAGGAGCAGCCACAGGUGGUGGAGCACGCGGCGCUCUUCCUCUUCUGGCUGCUGCUGGAUCAGCGGGUGCUCCUGGUGGCCACCACGCAGCGGCUGCACGGCAUGUUCGGACAGACCUUCGAUCGCAAGAAGAACCAAAUCCACGACUGCGUCCAGGCCAUCGGCGAUCUGCUGGAGGAUCACGAAAGAUCCGCGCUCAAGCGGUGGCGACAGACGCAUCACAAGGCGAAUGGAGUGGGUCCGCUGUGGGGCGCCCAUAUACAUGUCAAGUGCACGCCCUCCGAGUGGAUGGACAUCAGCCUGCUGACGGAUCUAGCGCCGGAUGCGCUACUCAAAAACCGCACUGUCAACAAGUUCUCUAUGAAGCACAAAACCAAGGCCGCCCCAGCGGCGUCCACGAGCUCGGAAGCCGCCAAGUUGAGUCCGGAACUGCAGACUCUGCUUGAAAUCUCCGAAAAGCUGGACGACGAGCACCUAAUAAGCCGCGUGGGCGACAUUCUCGGUUCCCAGCGCAGCAGUGAGGUGUUGCAGAAUGAACUUAUGGAAAUUCUAGGAUUUGAUUACUUCGAAUUGGUAGAAAAAUUGCUUCAGGACCGGAACAAGAUCGCUCGCCAACUAGAUCAGUUCGCCACAAGAUCCCGCCGUGUCAUGGAGGUGAAACAGAAGCGCAUCGAGACGGCUGCCAGUGGUGGAGCUGCAGAGCGGCGUCCCACCGUGGCCAGCGCCGUCGUAGUUCAGUCGGCGCAGGAGAAGCAGCUGGGCAAAAUGCAGCGGAGGGAGGAGAAAAAACUGCAGCGCAUCAUGCGAAGCAUUAAGGACGAUGAGCUCGAGGAUGAUCCGAAUUGUGCGGUUGCCGUUUCCGUUCAACAACUGCGCAUGCAGCACCAGCGAAAGCUCUUGGAGGCCGCGCAGCGUGAGCCUCUGCUGUUCAGCACAAAGGCGGAGUUCAAACAGUCCAAACAGUACAGCCAGCCCAUCCACUAUCCCUAUGUGUUCGACAGCCAGCUGCUGGCGAAACAGCACGCUGGCUUUAUAGGUGGCAGCAGAAUCACUCUGCCCGAUAACGCGCAGCGCAUAGAUAACAAACAGUGGGAGGAGGUCAAGAUCCCGGCGAGCGAGCCACCUCCGCUCUCUGUCGGCAACAGGCGCGUUCAAAUCGAGGAAUUGGACGACGUGGGUAGACUGGCCUUUGCCAACUGCAAGGAGCUGAAUCGCAUCCAGUCAGUGGUCUUUCCGGUUGCCUAUCACAGCAACGAAAAUAUGCUGGUUUGCGCGCCCACGGGAGCCGGAAAGACCAACGUGGCGAUGCUUUCCAUUGUGCACACCAUCCGUUGCCACCUGGAACAGGGAAUCAUCAACCGCGACGAAUUCAAGAUCGUCUACAUCGCGCCCAUGAAGGCAUUGGCCGCGGAAAUGGUUGAUAACUUUUCCAAGCGCCUGAAAUCUUUACAAAUCGUUGUGCGUGAACUGACGGGUGAUAUACAGCUGACCAAGGCGGAAAUGGCUGCCACUCAGAUACUAGUCACCACGCCGGAGAAAUGGGAUGUGGUAACCAGGAAGGGCAGCGGCGACGUGGGUUUGAUAAGCCUGGUAGAGCUACUCAUCAUUGAUGAAGUGCAUCUUUUGCACGGUGAGCGAGGUCCCGUUGUGGAGGCAUUGGUGGCGCGCACCCUCCGCCUUGUUGAGUCCUCGCAGUCAAUGAUUCGCAUCGUUGGCCUAUCCGCAACCCUUCCAAAUUACAUCGAUGUGGCACACUUCCUGCGGGUGAAUCCUAUGAAGGGCCUGUUUUAUUUCGACUCGCGCUUCCGACCUGUUCCACUGGACACCAAUUUUGUGGGCAUCAAGUCGGUGAAGCCGCUGCAGCAGAUCGCUGAUAUGGACCAGUGCUGUUACCAAAAGUGCGUUGAGAUGGUGCAGGAAGGUCAUCAGAUUAUGGUCUUUGUCCAUGCCCGAAACGCCACGGUGCGCACGGCGAACGUGAUUCGCGAACUGGCCCAGCAGAACAAUACCAGUGCCCUGUUCCUUCCCAAGGAUUCCGCUGCUCACGGGCUCGCAACGCGUUCGAUACAGAGAAGUCGGAACAAGCAACUGGUGGAGCUGUUCUCCAGCGGCUUGGCCAUGCACCAUGCGGGAAUGCUUCGCGCCGAUCGUCAGAUGGUUGAGAAGUACUUCGUCGAAGGACACAUCUCGGUGCUGGUCUGCACGGCCACGCUUGCCUGGGGUGUCAAUCUGCCGGCUCACGCUGUCAUUAUCCGAGGCACAGAUAUAUACGAUGCCAAGCAUGGCAGCUUUGUGGACCUGGGCAUACUCGAUGUGCUGCAGAUCUUUGGUCGCGCCGGUCGGCCACAGUUCGACAAGAGUGGAGUGGGUACCAUCAUCACCAGCUAUGAUAAGCUGAAUCACUACCUGUCGCUGCUGACCAAUCAAUUCCCCAUCGAGUCCAACUUCGUGAAUUGCCUGGCCGACAAUCUGAAUGCGGAAAUUGGUCUUGGCACAAUUACCAAUGUGGACGAAGCUAUCGAGUGGCUCAGUUACACGUACUUGUUUGUGCGCAUGAGAAUAAAUCCUCAUGUGUAUGGUAUCGAGUAUUCGGAGCUAGAGAAGGAUCCCACGCUGGAAGCUCGCCGCCGAGCUCUCAUUAUGUCCGCAGCGAUGAGUCUGGACAAGGCUCGGAUGAUGCGGUUUAACCAGCGCACCAUGGACAUGAACAUCACUGACUUAGGUCGCACUGCAUCUUAUUUCUACAUUAAGUACGACACUGUGGAAACUUUUAACGAGCUGAUGAAGCCAUUUAUGACCCAGGCUGAGAUUUUGGCCAUGAUUUCCCAAGCGCAGGAGUUUCAGCAACUCAAGGUACGCGAUGACGAGAUGGAGGAAUUGGACGAACUGAAAAGCGCCUAUUGUAAGAUAAAGCCAUACGGAGGAAGUGAGAAUGUACACGGCAAGGUGAACAUUCUGAUUCAGACAUAUCUUUCCAAUGGCUACGUGAAGUCCUUUUCACUGAGCUCCGACAUGUCAUAUAUUACCACGAACAUAGGAAGGAUAAGCAGAGCGCUAUUCUCCAUUGUACUGCGGCAGAAUAAUGCAGUCCUGUCGGGAAACAUGCUGCAGCUUUGCAAGAUGUUUGAACGCCGCCAAUGGGACUUUGAUUGCCACCUAAGACAGUUCCCGGCCAUUAACGCUGAGACCAUCGACAAACUGGAACGACGCGGUCUGAGUGUCUAUCGGCUGAGGGAUAUGGAGCAUCGCGAGCUAAAGGAGUGGCUCCGCAGCAGUACCUACGCAGACCUGGUUAUCCGGUCGGCGCACGAACUGCCCUUGUUGGAUGUGGAAGCCAGUCUGCAGCCUAUUACUCGAACGGUGCUGCGAAUCAAGGUGGACAUUUGGCCCAGUUUCACAUGGAACGACCGGGUUCAUGGAAAGACGUGCCAAAGCUUCUGGCUGUGGAUUGAAGAUCCAGAGUCGAACUACAUUUACCACUCGGAGCUGUUUCAGGUCACCCGGAAGUUGGUGAUGAGUGGCCAGUCGCAGCAGCUGGUAAUGACCAUACCUCUGAAGGAGCCACUGCCGCCACAAUACUACAUACGAGUGAGCAGCGAUAACUGGCUGGGAAGUACUACAUGCGUUCCAUUAUCAUUUCAACAUCUGGUACUGCCGGAACACCAUCCGCCACUAACGGAGCUUCUGCCCCUCCGCCCACUACCAGUCAGCUGCCUCAAGAACGUUCUCUACGAAUCCCUCUACAAAUUCACGCACUUUAAUCCCAUUCAGACGCAGAUCUUUCACUGCCUGUACCACACCGACAACAAUGUGCUCUUAGGCGCUCCCACUGGCAGUGGUAAGACCAUUGUGGCGGAGAUAGCCAUCUUCAGGGCACUUAACCAGAAUCCCAAGUGCAAAGUGGUGUAUAUCGCUCCACUUAAAGCGUUGGUAAAAGAACGCAUAGCGGAUUGGGAGCAACGCUUCCAGCGCUCCUCUCUGGGCCUCAAGGUUGUUGAGCUGACGGGCGACGUAACUCCCGACAUUCAGGCCAUCCGAGAGUCUCAACUAAUCGUUACCACGCCGGAGAAGUGGGACGGCAUCAGUCGGUCUUGGCAGACCCGCGAAUACGUACAGCACGUGUCCCUUAUCGUCAUCGAUGAGAUCCACCUGCUGGGAGAGGAUCGAGGACCGGUCAUCGAGGUGAUUGUAUCGCGAACAAACUUUAUCAGUUCCCAUACCGGUCGGGCUAUCCGAAUCGUGGGAUUGUCCACGGCACUGGCCAACGCUCAGGAUCUGGCCAACUGGCUGGGCAUCAAAAAGAUGGGACUGUACAACUUCAAGCCCUCGGUGCGUCCAGUGCCUCUGCAGGUGCACAUCAAUGGCUUCCCAGGAAAGCACUACUGCCCUCGCAUGGCAACAAUGAACCGGCCCACGUUCCAGGCUAUUCGCACCUACUCCCCCUGUGAGCCCACAAUCGUCUUUGUGUCCUCGCGUCGGCAGACACGUCUCACGGCGCUGGACCUGAUUACCUUUGUGGCCGGCGAAUCCAAUCCCAAGCAGUUCCUGCACAUGGCCGAAGACGAAAUUGAGUUGAUCUUGCAGAAUAUUCGUGAACAGAACCUUAAAUUCUGCUUAGCUUUCGGCAUUGGUCUACAUCACGCCGGUUUGCAGGAACAGGAUCGAAAGUGUGUUGAGGAGCUGUUCCUCAAUAGGAAGAUCCAGGUCCUGGUGGCCACAGCCACACUGGCGUGGGGCGUUAACUUGCCAGCUCAUCUGGUGGUGAUCAAAGGUACCGAAUACUUUGACGGAAAGGUGAAGAAGUACGUGGACAUGCCCAUUACCGAUGUGCUGCAGAUGAUGGGUCGAGCCGGCCGGCCGCAGUUCGACAAUGAAGGUGUGGCCGUCGUUCUGGUGCACGACGAAAAGAAGAAUUUCUACAAAAAGUUUUUGUACGAUCCAUUCCCAGUAGAGUCCAGUCUGCUGGGAGUGCUACCGGAGCACAUAAACGCUGAAAUCGUUGCCGGAACUGUUCAGUCAAAGCAGGCCGCUCUGGAUUAUCUCACGUGGACGUACUUCUUCAGGAGAUUACUCCGAAACCCGUCGUAUUACCAGCUGCAGGACAUAGAACCGGAAAAUGUAAAUAAGUUUAUGUCUAACCUGGUUGAGCGCGUGGUCUAUGAACUUUCUGCCGCUGCCUGUCUGGUGGAGCGUGAUGGAUGUCUGGUGCCAACCUUUUUGGGACGAAUAAGUUCCUAUUACUACCUGUCGUACCGCACAAUGCAGCAUUUCCUGGAGGACCUGCAGCCGGGCAUGAGCACCAAGAAAGUUCUCCUCGCCAUCGCCGAUUCCUACGAAUUUGAUCAACUGCCUGUCCGGCACAACGAGGAUAAGCACAAUGAGCAGAUGGCUGAAGUAAGCCGCUUUAGACCGCCGUCAUCGUCUUGGGAUUCUUCGUACACCAAGACUUUCCUGCUACUCCAGGCCCACUUUGCACGGCAGUCCCUUCCGAAUUCGGAUUACCUAACAGACACAAAGUCGGCUCUGGACAACGCCACUCGAGUGAUGCAAGCCAUGGUGGACUACACAGCGGAGCGGGGUUGGCUCUCAACCACUCUGGUUGUGCAGCAACUGAUGCAGAGCGUCAUUCAGGCCCGAUGGUUCGACGGCAGUGAGUUCCUAACGUUGCCAGGAGUGAACGAGGACAAUCUCGAUGCCUUUUUGAAGAUACCACACGAUGACUAUGACUAUUUAACGCUGCCCGUGCUGAAGGAGCUGUGCAAACACGAGUACGAAGUACUGGCGAAGCCACUGCGAGAUGCCUUCGAGGAGCACGAGAUCGAACAGAUGUAUAAGGUAAUCAAAGACUUGCCCGAGAUAGCACUUCAAAUAUUCGUAGAGGGUCGGCAUAUGGAGAAUGAGUAUGCGAAGCGUCCGCUCUCACUUUCUCAUGACACGAGGGGCGAAUGGAUGUCACUGCAUGCCAAUGAGGACUACGUUCUCAUAGUAAACUUACAGCGGCUUAAUGUCAGUGGACAGAGAAGAGGUGGUGGACAAAGCUACGCGGUGCACUGCCCCAAGUAUCCCAAGCCCAAGAAUGAAGCGUGGUUCCUGACCCUGGGCUCCCAGGCCAACGACGAGCUCCUCGCCAUGAAGCGGGUAUCCAUUCGCGGACAGCGCUGCACCAACCGCAUUUCGUUCCAGGCAACUCCGCGACUUGGACGUCUACAGCUCACGCUUUAUUUAAUGUCCGACUGCCUCCUGGGCUUUGACCAGCAGUACGACCUGCAAUUCGAGAUCAUUGAUGCAAAAGAAGCCUGAGGGCCCUCCUAGAGAUUAAAUCUAACGUGUACCGUAGCAUUCUGUAGAGUUGAGGCUUAACUUUUAGUUAAUGAAGUUCAUAUGGCCUAUGAACGUUUUCCACAAUCACUGUUAUCACCUAGAGUUUGUAGUAAAACUGAACUUGCGUAUUUAUUGUGUGAUCCUCCAAGACAUGUAUAACAUUUUUAUCAUUAGUAACUUGCUUCGAGACGAAGCUCCUUUGUUAGCCAACCAUGUAGAACCUACAUGCAUGAAUCAUUUUCUAUGAAUUUAUGAAGUAACUAUUUUUAUUGUGUAAAGUUAAUAAAAUUUGUAUUGAAAGCGAAGAUGUUUUUCAAUUUA